AUGACUUCAUUCGAUCUAAAAACUGCUGUGAGUCUCCUGCCUAUUCUUGAUGAUACAGAGGAAACUACCAAUAAAUUAGUCGAUGCUAUAGAACUGUACGAAUCCAUGCUUAAAGCUGAGGACAAACCUGCAUUAAUAAAAUUUGUUCUUAAAACACGCUUAACGAGUAGUGCAAAACUGAGAUUAAAUGAUAGUUACAAUUCAGUUGCUGAUUUAUUGGUAGAUAUCAAAAGACACCUCCUUACAAUACAAUCUGACACGGCACUUCAAUCAAAAUUAUUUCGUGCAAAGCAAGGCCAAAAGUCUAUCGAAUCUUUUGGAAAAGAAUUAGAGUCACUUUUCGUUAAUUUGACCAUAUCCCAAGCUAAUGGUGAUAAUGAUUCAUUUACAAUAUUAAAACCUAUUAACGAAAAAAUCGCGAUAAAAAGAUUUUCUGAUGGUCUCCGAGAUCAAAGAUUAAGUACAAUAAUUGCCGCCAGAAAUUUUCCGUUUUUGAAAGAUGCUAUAAGAGCAGCUCAAGACGAAGAAACCAAUUCGUUUAAUAACAAUAAUAAUUAUUCUUCCCAAGUUUUCACAUUUAAUAGAAGGGGAAGAGGACAUUUUUCGAGAAACUUCACAAGGGGCUCUUUUUCAAAUAGAAAUUCCUACAACCGAAAUAACGAUAGGCGAAAUUUUAAUUAA